CUGAAAAACUGACUUCCUUUUCAACGCCCUACUGUGCCAUACAUACUCUUCAUUUUUAUUUUGGAUUAAUUUGUGUAUUUAGAUAUAUUUAAUUUAAUGUGUAUAGAUAUGAUAUGAGCAAUAAAAUUGUUUGUUUAUGUCUGUGAUGAAAGAAGAGCUAAGCUGUAAUAAAUGCAGUAGCAAAACCAGUUACUGUAUUCAUCUACCCAGUUUUGGAUUCUUCUAUUUCGCUCAUCAAUUUCUCAUGACCAAAUUCGCCCCUGCUUCGCAUUUCAGCUAAGUUUUUAGCUCAUUCAUUAUGGGGUGCGUUCUCGGAACCACAGCCGCCGGAGAAUCUCGCCGGAAUGACAAAGAGCGCCGUACAUCUCACUCCGCUAGGGUUAGCAAGGACGGUGAGAAGACUGCAACUAGGAUCGCUCAACCUCCUGGUCCGCCCGAUGACCGCCGGAAUCCUAGGCGGCAGCAUCAGCAGCCGCCGCCUCCUCCUCCUCAGGAGCUUUGCAAUCUCAGCAGCUUUGCCCCCAACUCCGCCACCAAUCAACAGGGCUGGCCGUUGUGGCUCGUCGACGUCGCUGGAGAUGCCAUCAAAGAUUGGACUCCACGCCGAGCCAACACGUUCGAGAAGCUAGAUAAGAUUGGGCAAGGGACGUAUAGCAAUGUAUAUAAAGCGAGGGACUUAAUAACUGGGAAGAUAGUGGCAUUGAAGAAGGUUAGGUUUGACAACUUGGAGCCAGAGAGUGUGAAGUUUAUGGCAAGAGAAAUACUAGUGCUGAGAAAGCUGGACCAUCCCAAUGUCAUCAAGCUUGAAGGUUUGGUGACUUCAAGAAUGUCAUCCAGUCUUUACCUUGUUUUUGAGUACAUGGAACAUGAUUUGGCUGGCCUAGCUGCUGUUCAAGGUGUCAAGUUCACUGAGCCCCAGGUUAAAUGCUAUAUGAAACAAUUGCUUUCUGGACUUGAGCACUGCCACAACAAUGGCAUCCUACAUCGUGACAUAAAGGGCUCCAAUUUACUCAUUGAUAAUGAGGGCAUUUUAAAAAUUGCUGAUUUUGGAUUAGCCUCGUUUUAUGAUCCUGAUAGCAAGCACCCCAUGACUAGCCGUGUUGUAACCCUCUGGUACCGGCCCCCUGAACUUCUGCUUGGAGCUACUUACUAUGGUGUAGGUGUUGAUCUGUGGAGUGCUGGCUGCAUUUUGGCUGAGUUACUUGCUGGGAAGCCAAUAAUGCCAGGACGUACAGAGGUUGAGCAACUCCACAAAAUAUUUAAAUUAUGUGGUUCUCCUUCUGAAGAAUAUUGGAAGAAAUCCAAGUUACCAAAUGCUACACUUUUUAAACCACAGCAACCUUAUAAACGCUGUACAAAAGAGACCUUCAAGGAUUUUCCAUCCUCUUCAUUACCUCUGAUAGAAACUCUUCUUGCAAUUGAUCCUAAUGAGCGAGGCACUGCCACUGCAGCUUUGCACAGUGAGUUUUUUACUACUGAGCCAUAUGCUUGUGAGCCCUCAAGCUUACCAAAAUAUCCUCCAAGCAAGGAAAUGGAUGUAAAGCUGAGGGAUGAAGCAGUGAGAAGGCAAAGAGGUGCAAGUGGAAAAGCCCAUGGAAGCCAUGUGGCUGAUGGAACCAGAAAAAUAAGAGUUCGAGACAGGGUUAGCCGAGCGAUUCCAGCUCCUGAAGCUAAUGCAGAGCUUCAAGCAAAUUUAGAUAGGUGGAAAGUGAUGACACAAGCUAACGCCAAGAGCAAGAGUGAAAAAUUUCCUCCGCCACAUCAAGAUGGAUACAUUGAUGCACCAUAUAAUGGCCCUUUAUCAUUUGGUGCACCUGAUACUUCUUUUGCUUCGUCAAAUUUUGAUGUGAAGUCAUUGCAAACCCUUAAAACUACCUCAGCUAUGGCUGGGACUUCAAAGCGGAGGAAAAAUAAGGGAGAAGAGCCUCAUAUGGCUCCUUCAAGGAAGCUCAUCCAUACAUUCCUUCCAUCUUCUGUCAGGCUGUCAUUGGAUCUGAGACUAAGGAGUAGAGCAUCAAUCUCAGAGAACUUUGGCCACUCAAGGUAG